AUGAGGGGUGUAUGUGGCAGUUCGGUAUUGGGUUGCAGCGAAGGUGAUGAUUCCCGCCUGGUCAACUUCUACUGCGUCCCCCUGGUGACGGAUGCGCCGGUUGCAUUUGACGGGGUAUCUGUGGCUGUUCAGCACCAGCGCACAGCGGGCUUUAACGGGGACGGGACAGACAACCCCCCGGUGUUGUGUGCUUUUUUUAGAGGGACGCUGGACGACGAAGUGGGGAUGGCGGACUGGGAGGAGAAUCCACCGCAGCCUUUGUGCGUGGGGGAUUGGGUGUCUAACGUCAGCCCCACCGACGACAGAAACGACGAUGCCUCAAGGACGACGCACACCUCCGGACGACGUUCGCUGCAGGAGCCAGUCGUGUUUCCCCACAUUCCUCGAUGGCCCAACGUUACAGCGCGGCGGCGGGAGAUGCAUACACACUCCUCUUCCCCUCUUUUUUCCUCUUGUGAUGUCAAAGCUUUUGUGUCUAGGCCAUCAGGGUGCAAGAAUAUCUUAAGCCGACCGUUGACGCACUUUGCCUACAUGCCGUUGAAGACAAGAGAGAGUGACUCUCCCGUUUCUUCAUGCGUGGGAUGCACAGAACCAUUGGAGAGAAUACGGUCUGAGGCUGCCUCUUUGGGGGAGUCUCUACGAAAGUCACGUUCGCACGUAUAUGGUAUACUGCCGAUGCCGCACGAAAAGAGGAAAGUGGAGCUUCCUGAGAGAACGGUGUCGCUCGCAAACGAGGAGGCAACAGCCGUCAGUCUUAUGAGAGAGUCCAACAUGGGGGUGCCUCCUGCUUUCAGGUCAGACAAAGCCUCAACACUGACGUUUGUGGGCUCUUCUCUUGACUGCAGGCUGUACGGGGAGACACGGGACGAGAACCGCGGAUCGGCUCUGCCUUUGCGGGGUCAACGAUUGCGGGAUGCGUGGAGACACGAUCCGACACUCCCGGAACACCUCCACCGCGUUGCCGACAUUGAGGGAGCAGGGUCUGUGCGCCUGUCGCGACUUAUUAUCGUACUUUGUUUGCGUCAUUAUUUGGACUGGUCUGAGGAGGAGGUGAAGCGAACGGUGGCUGGGCUUGCGAACUACCUGCGUGAGACGCCUGACGUGGGUGAAGUGACGCUACCGACGACGAACUCCAGAACACUCACUGUAAUCAGGGAGGAGGACGGCACGUUUUACUUAAAUGCGGGCGCCUUCCUUUUACUGAUGCAAGCCCUGCUUCUGCUAUAG